GAAAACAAAAACAAAACAAACAAACAAAAAAAACAUGAAAGAAAACAAAAGAGAAAAAGGAAUCAGUCCAUCACCCAACAAGAUUUCAUUUGAUUCGUCCGUCAAAAAUAAAACCAUCGUUUUAAAAGAAAAAAUCUGUUGAGAAUCUGAAUCGAGAAAGAAGAAGAAGGAGAAUGCGUGUGUUUCUCUCAUAAGAAUCUCAACCAUUUUUUUACUGAAAUAAUAAACAUAAAUAUAAAUCAAACAAAACCAAGAAAUCAAACUUCAUUUUUUUUUUCGUUUCUUGAUUUUAUUUAGAGAGAAGAAGAAGAAUGCGACGAAGUUUCGAUUGCGGACCUAGAUUUUCUUUAAUCGAGAGACGUAGAACCAGCGUUUCUCUACCGUUUAGUCCUUUCAUUAAUGAACAUCAUAGUGCCAUUACACCUUAUGAAAGGCUUCCUUCUCAUGUUUCUAUUAAGCUCCAAAUCAUCAAAUUGGAUGGUUCUUCCUUCGAUGUUCAUAUCAGAAGGAAUGCUACAGUUGGAGAACUUAAACAAGCAGUGGAGGAUGUAUUCACAUUAUCUUCUUCUUCCAUGGGCAAUCGGGGUCUGAUUUCUUGGUCACAUGUCUGGGGCCAUUUCUGCUUAUCAUUUGAAAAUCAGAAGUUACUGAAUGACAAGGGUACUCUUGAAAGCUUUUUGAUCAGGGAUGGUGAUCAGCUUCAUUUUCUUCGGCAUCUGUCUACAAAUUUUAACCGCAUACAGAAAUCGAAAAGUCUGAGUGCUAGCAAGAAAAACAUUAGGUCGACAUUCUUGGAACCAGGUAUUUGUGAAGAAGAGAAAGAAGACACUGGUUGGGUCGAUGUUAUCAGUGAUGCUGCAGAGGCGAAUGAUAAGGAUGACUGCACUGAAGAUAAUAUAGAGAAAGAGAUGAUUAAGCCACCUGCAGAGUUCAAAUUGUCUAAUAUUUUUAAGGGCUGGCUCUGGAACUCAAGAUCUUGCUUUGCAGGAAAUUCUCGAUCGCGUCACACAGGUCGGUAUUCGAGAAUGUCAAGGAAAUUCUUAAAAAUGGAGCCUAGAAUCCAACGUGCACGAGUUUAACCAGGUUCGGGAACUAAAAAUUUAAUUACACGGACUUGUGAGUUGUAUGUUGCUGUGUUCCUCAGCUCAUACUCACAUCAGUAUAGUUAAACAUCGACAUGAGUUUUUUCCCCCCUUCUCUCAUGGUGUUCAACUGGCACUCUUUUAACAAGAUUCAUACAUGAAGAAGAACCAAAGAAGUACUCGGCUCACUUUACAUGUGUUUCAUCUGGUGCUCAUACAUUUUAUCUUAUGGAUGUAUCUGAUCUUGUAAGAGUUCUUUAAAAAAAAAAGACAGAGAAAUGAAGAAAUGGCAAAGGAUGUCAUUGCAUCCUACUUUCAGUA